UAUACGAUUUAUUGUGUGACCACCAGAAGAAGACCUUCAAAAACAACAUGUCUGCGCACAUGCUUUGAAAAUUAAACCUUUAUAACGGGUGAGUUCAGGCUAUUUUAUAAGCAUUUUUCCAGAAAAAAUGUCUACCCCAGCGAAAGGAGCAACGAAGAAAGAAAAAAAGAAGCCCAUACCAGUGAAAACUUCACUGAACAGUCCAUACAGCAUUCACUGGAGUCCACUGGAAAGAGAACACAAGCAUUUUAUACUGAACACACUUAAAGUCAAACUAGCCGCCGUUGGGCUUCAGAAACAACGAGUCAAUAGGUUUCGCGAGUGGGGAAGCAGAAGAAGGUCGAGAAAAAAGGCAUCAAAACCCACUGAGGAACAAAAGCCAGCUCUCGAACCCGCAGAGAGCGUACAGACUCCCUCAAAGCCCACCAAACCGUGUUGGAGCAACCCGGCCGUGAGGAACCAGCUGGCCAUCGGCAUCAACGAGGUCACCAAAGGCCUGGAGAGGAAUGAACUGAGCUUGGUGCUCGUGUGUAAUUCGGUAAAGCCAGCACACAUGACAUGCCAUUUAAUCCCGCUGAGUAAAACCAGGUCGGUGCCCGCCUGCCAAGUUCCCAGUCUGAGCGACACUCUCGCGGGGCUGCUGGGUCUCAAGUGCGUCCUGGCGCUGGGAUUCAGAAGCGGCACCGAGGAGUUCGAGGAUGUGGUCCGCGCGAUCACACCCGUGGUUCCGCCGCUCAGCGUGGCUUGGAUCCCGACGAAUUCCACAGAGGAAAAGCAGAGCGAUAGAGUAAAGGGUAAGAAGAGGAAACUAGAAGAAAUGUCGGAUGAAGCCAGUGACGCUUCUGCUUUAAUCCUCCAGCCUCUAAAAGUGAAGAAAAUCAUCCCAAAUCCUACGAAGAUCAGAAAACCCAAGAAGAAAGGAAAGAAAAAGUACUUAUCAAGUGUUUAA